CCGCCUCCACCGGAGGCGCGCUCCUACCGACCGACAGCAGUCUGUUUGCUGGACGCCUGCGGGCGGCGGCGAGACGUCCGUGAACACUCAGCCAGCCGAACACGUAGCUUUCCUCCCUCUCUCCUGGCGGCAGCGACCUGCUCCACCAGUCCGGGCUGAACCUCCAACUCCGGAGCACACAACAUGGACUGCAUGAAGCUGUCCGAGUACCAGGCCAAAGUUUUGGAGGACAAUUUUAAGGGCAAGUAUCCUGACGACACGACGCUCAUGCUGGUCGCCGCCGAGUGUGGACUAUCGGAGGAAGAAACGCAGAAAUGGUUCAGGCUGCGCACGGCUCAGUGGCGCCAAUCGGAGGGUCUUCCAGCUCAACUGGGCUCUGUGUUGGAUUGAGACCCACCCCCAAAUCGUCAUUCCAGCCCUACCAAUUCCUUUUUGGACCUAUCUUCUGGAACUUUAUCUCUUUCUUCUGCCUCUUUUUAUUUUGUGUAUGAAGCUGUUUGAACUUACAUCAAUGUAUAGGUGCUCGAGUGACUAUGUAUAACCAACGCGUUUACGUGAAGUGACAGAUUGUUAAUAAAUUAGGCAUUAAAAUGUCUA